UCCAGCCCGUCCCUGGGCAGGCCUCGCUUCGGCUCGUGGCGGGGUAGGCGGAAGGACACUCGCCCUCCGCGCAGGGGAAGGGAUGUGGGCGACGCCGCUGUAAGGCUCCUGCUCCCCGCGUUCCGGAACGGAGGGACGGCGCGUCAGGCGAAGUACCGGAGAAGAAAAGAGCGAGCGGCUUUCCGCCACUUUUCCCCAAAGGGGCUGUGCCUUCGCAACUAGCCAUCCUGCGUGCGGUGGAUCCGUUGCACGUGGCUGAUACCUUACGGCUUAGUUAUCUGAGCAACGAGGAGUUAUUCAGUUACGCGCGCAGCUUGCCACUAACAGGAAAAUAUUUAAGCAACAUUGUCUUCAGUAUGGACCGAUAUGAAGAUAUUUCUGAUUGUGAAGUGGAUCAUUCUUUCUUUGAUAGCGAUUUUGAGGAGGAGGUGAAGAAAGACAGAAUAACAACAGAAACAGAUAAGAUGGAAAGUUCUGAGCAUGCACAAAUAAAAGAUUCAGUUGUAGAUGAUUGUCAUUUGAAACAGGAAACCAAAGUGAUGGAGGAUAACAGUACUGAGGAAGAAAAGCAAAUUAAAAAGGCAGAAUCUCAGAAGGAACACAUGUUAAACAGUGGUGCUCAUAAUCCAGAUAAUGCUGUUUCUUUGUCAGUUUCUUUGAAUCUGGAAGAUCCAGCUGAUAGAAUAACAGCAGAAAAUGAACAAAUCCUUCAAGAAAAUAUUCCAGUGCAAAUUCCCCAAAUAAAGAAAGAAUGUGAAGAAAAUUACUAUACAGAUGGGGAAGACAGUAGUGAUGACAGCAGAAAUCAGAGAGUUAGACAUAAGUUCUCUAAACAGUCUAAUGGUGCAAAGGUUAAUAGGAACAUUAGUUCUUCCUCCUCUUCUUCCCCAUCAUCUAGUUCUGAUACAGAUUGUUCAGAAACAGGCUCUGACGGUUGCCUGUCAGAUUCAUCAUGCUCUUCAGAAAAGAAAAGCAUGAGUAGCUUACCAGUUCUUUCAUCAGAACAGUCAAGCCAAGGAAUAAAGUCAGUGGAAGUAAAAUCAAAGCUGGGUGACCACACAGAAGAGUCUGAAGAUACAGUGACCGAUGUAACUCCUCUGUCAACACCAGAUAUCAGUCCCAUCCAAUCUUUUGAACUGGCAGCAUCCAAUGAUAAGAAAUUAAAAGUUAAAAGACAGCAAAAUGUGAGCCAGGAGUUAUAUGAACCUGAGGUGGAUCACAAAUGUCUUCAGAAGGUCCUGCAUGAAGCUAUGGACUUGAAUCAUCUUUUGAAAGCUUUUCUGCAGUUGGAGAAAAAAGAUCAACAGGAAGUGGCUUUGGAUCAGUCUUCUGUAGGGUCAAGGAAAAACUACUCAUUCACAAAUGAGGAAGUACGACAAAUUGAUCAGGAAAACCAAAGGCUCUUAAAAGAAUUGACAAAGCAUUCUGCAAAGCCCAGAAGCAAAAGUGCCUCAGCAAAGAAACCUUCAGGCUCAACACCUAAGUACCACAGUGCCAUCAACAGGCAGAGGGAACAGCAGAGGAUUGACAGAGAGAAUCUGGCUUUUUUGAAAAGACUUGAAGCAGUAAAACCAACAGCUGGCAUGAAGCGCUCAGAACAGCUCACGGACUACCAGCGGCAGAUAAGCUACCUUCGCACUGCUCCAACUCCAAGGCGAGGAAAGUCUACCUUGAACCAUCAUAGCCCAUCUAGAGGCACGUCCCGAGCUUCCAGUCAUAGUGCAUCCAGUACUAUAAAUCGAAGGAGUGAAAAACCAGUUUUUGAUUCAUCCAGUGGUACAUUACAGCACUUGAACCCCAGUAACAUUCGUGGUGCCUGGUUAUAAAUAAUCUGCACUUCACUACCAGAAGUUUUGGAGAUUGCUGUAAUUCUGUGCGGGACUAUUGUAAUAUUCAAUGAUUAAAGGACAUUGGAAAGUAGUACUAACUAUGAAUGGAUACAAUCUUGUUUCUUUCUCUUUCUUUCUUUCUUUCUUUCUUUCUUUCUUUCUUUCUUUCUUUCUUUCUUCUUUGUGAUAUCUGUUGGACAGUAUCUUUACAGUCAGUAUUUCUUCUUAAAAAAUAUUUGUAUUAAAAAGUGGCAAUAUUUCAAACCUUAUUUUCUCAAAGUCAAAUAAAGUUUCAGGUUUUAAAAGUAGGGUUAGGGUAGGCCAGAAGUAUAAAAAAAAAUUCAUUUGUUUUUAGUCUUCUUAAAAUUUGAAUUUCUUACCAUGAAUCUAAACAUUUUAAUGUAGCGUAUUUUGUUAUUGCAGAGUUUCAAUUUCAUAAUUACAAGAUCUUACAGAACAUAUACCAUUCAACUCAGCCUUGGUGCUGUCAGCUACUACAUGGAAAACAUAAACUGAAUCUUUUCAGAUCAGGUCCCCAAGUUUAAUUCUAAAAAUGUGAUUUUUAGAUAAGCAGAAAUGUAAAAAGUAUUGUCUAUUAUCUAGAAUUCUGAAGAUCUUGCAAGUGACCUUUGUUGACAGUUCUGGUCUGUGAUGUAUUUGCACAAUUAUAUUUAUUAUUCUCUAAAAUUUUAUUGUUUCUUGAAGGACAAAUGAACAGAAAUCUUGUAUGUGCACUUUUUAAAUCUUAGCACUUUAAAAUCUUUCCAUAAGCAUAUUUUCUUUGAUAAAAACUACAGUGUGGUUAGUUAUGAAAGGUAUGAAACUUCUAUAUCGGUCCUUUAAAAAUUAAGUAAAAUAUUUAAUUGAA